UAAAGCGACAGGGGAGGAAAUCCACGUGGGAAACGGAGCAGGAAGUUCGACAACAUGGGGAAGAGGAAAGCUGGCCGGCAGCAGCAGCUGAUCAGCAGCUUGAGUAAGAAGCAGAAGAAGCACCUCAAGGAUUUCGGGGAGGAGCACCCCUUCUAUGAUCGGGUUUCUGGGAAAGAAAAACCAACUCAAAUCUGUGAACUGACAGAAACCUCUGAGCAGUCAAGCUCAGAAAGUGACACAGAGAAUGAUUCUGAAGAAGCCUCAGUCUAUCACAAGUUACUGGCCACCUUAAAAACUGCUCCGUAUUCGGACAGUGAGGAUGAUGAAGAUGAAUCAGAAGGAGGAAGCAACAAAGGUGAUGCAGAAGUGGGCAGUGAUGAGGACGAAGAAGGUGAGGGAGAAAUGGAGGACGAAGACAAUGACAGCAAUGCGGCUCACCCCCCAGAAUCAGAUCAAGAAGCACCACUCCAGAAAAACAGCCAAGAGGAACCUGGAGAUCCAGAGGCUUCUAGCGACCUAAAACAUGAAGCUACCGAAGAAUUCACAGAUGUGCAGCACGAAUCUGAGUUUAGUCUGGAAACCAAUUUCAUAGAAGAAGAGUGUGGUGAUCCUUCUGCAGAUGGGAAAGAAAACAGUGGUUCUGCAGAUAUUGCAAAAGAUCCAUUUAAGUGUCAUGUCGAUGAAGAACUGGAAGAAAAACAAAUAGAGAAAAUUCUUGCAUGCUCAAAAUCUACCUACCAAGUCAAGUGGCCAGCACUGGGUCAGUUAGUUUUCUCUUCAAAAUUGGAGAAGUUUGGAAUGGUUAAGGCAGACAAAGAAGUUGAUUUGAAACGGCUUCAUCUUCGCAAGCCUUUAGGAUCUGCUUGGCCUAAAGUCAACAGCCCAUUCCUUUCCAAGCAGGUGAAAUCAAAAGAUCAACCAUUUACUCCGCUGCAGAAAGAGCUUUUCUGCAUCAUGAAUUCAUACAAGGACUUGUUCUACCCAGAGAGGACUGCUUUAAGCAAUGGGGAAGAAGUCCGUCAAGUCUACUGCCUGCAUGCCCUGAACCACGUCUUGAAGGCAAAUGCCCAAGUGCUUGGAAAUAAUGCCAAGCGAAGGGACCAAAAACCCGGGACUGACGAUGAUAGCUUCAGAGAUCAAGGACUCACAAGACCAAAGGUGUUGAUAGUGGUGCCCUUCCGGGAAUCUGCUUUACGUGUGGUGCAGAUUUUCAUCAGCCUCCUUGAAUCAACAAGUCAAAAGAAAAUUGAUGUUAGUAACAAAAAGCGGUUCAAGGGGGAGUUUGGCUCAGAUCCAGAAGAGAAACCGCCCAAUCUGAAACGGCCAGAAGAUUAUGAAGCUGUCUUUGCAGGGAACAUUGAUGACCACUUCAGGCUAGGUGUUUCUGUUCUUCAAAAGAGCAUACGACUCUAUGCGCCUUUUUACUCCUCCGAUAUUAUCAUUGCAUCUCCCCUUGGCCUGAGGACUGUUAUUGGAGCUGAGGGGGAGAACAAGAGAGACUAUGAUUUCCUCUCGUCCAUAGAAAUUCUUAUCAUCGAUGAGGCCGACAUCUACCUAAUGCAGAACUGGGAGCAUGUUUUGCACCUGAUGAACCACAUUAACCUGUUGCCUUUGGAGUCUCAUGGGGUGGAUUUCUCACGGGUGCGAAUGUUCAGUCUGAACAACUGGUCCAAGUAUUAUCGGCAGACGCUGCUGUUCAGCUCCCUCCAGGAUCCACAGAUCAACUCCAUCUUCAAUAAGCACUGCUUCAAUUACAGGGGGCAGGUAGCGGUAAGGAACGUACCUCUGAAGGGCUCUAUCAGCCACGUUGUAGUACAGCUUCCUCAUGUUUUUCGCAAGCUGGAAGCUGAAAAUUCCGUUUCUGUAAUAGAUGCCAGGUUUCAUUUUUUCAUUGAGAGAGUGUUGCCCGAGUAUCGCGAUGCCGUCAUGUCACAUACACUCAUCUACGUCCCGUCAUAUUUUGAUUAUGUGCGCCUACGGAACUACUUCAAGAAGGAGGAGUUGAGUUUUGUGCACAUGUGUGAAUAUACCAGUAAAUCUGGCAUUUCCAGAGCGAGGCAAUUCUUCCUAAAGGGAGCGAAGCAAUUUCUGAUUUUCACGGAGCGUUUCCACUUUUAUAAAAGGUACUCAAUUAGAGGCAUCCAGAACCUUAUUUUUUACGAACUGCCCACCUACCCCCAUUUCUAUAGUGAGGUCUGCAAUAUGAUGAAGCUGGCAGGCAGUGAGGAAGAAGCCACCUUGACCUGCACAGUGCUUUACUCAAAAUACGAUGCUCAGAAGGUGGCUGCGGUGGUGGGUGUCGACCGGGCGGCCCAAAUGCUCCAGUCUUCCAAAAAUGUGCACCUUUUUGUCACUGGAGAAACAGAGUGAAAUAAGUGGUGGACUGAGAUUUCGAAUGGACUCCUUGACCUGCUCAGCCUAUUAUUUGGGGCUUGUGCUUCUUCCAGAACAAAUGUUAGAAAAAGAAAGGCCGCAUCCACCCCAUGUAUUUAAAAUGUGGUUAUAUUCUUUCUUUGGCACAUAAGCAGUCAUGGCUCCCCCCACCUCCAUAUAACCUGGGAACUGUAGUUAAGGGUGCUGAGAGUUGUUCCCCCCACAUUUGCUUUUAACUGGUUUGAAUACACUGGUCUAAUACAAUACAGCUACAAUAGGGAUCGGCAGCUAGCAGGCCCUGGCUCCAGUCCAUCCCUCUAGGAAGCACCCUUUAGCCCUACAAUUGCCAGAGGGUACCAGCUGUUCUUAGGGUCUGGUCCAUCAUUCUCCACCUGUUUCUUGAAGUAACCUUCAGUAAAGCCAGAUGCUGACCAGAACAAUACAGUGUCUAGAAAAACACAGCCAGCCAGUCACUCACCCUUUGGAUAACUAUAAACAUCAAACAUGUGAGAGAUGUCUUGUUAAAAAAAAAUUAUGGUCUGUUUGUGUUUUGUCAUUGCAUUUAUUAAAAAAAGUUGUCAAACUUUUUAAAAAUCUUUGUAUAGUGAUUGUGUCCUUUAAAUGUCAAAAUAGGCCUGCAGAGCUGUGGUUCACUAGUCUCUGCCAUUGCAUUGCUGUCUAUUUUAGUUUUAAGCUGAUUAACUGUGUCUAAUUCCUCUAGUGCAGGAACUAAACACCAAUAAAGAGGCAAUUCCAUUUCAAUCCCGGAAUUAGCCAGCAUUGAUAUAGGAAUGUUCCUUUAAAAAGAGAGAGAGAGAGAGAGAGAGAGUUUAUUUUUGCAUUGUCAGGUUUACAAACAACGAAGGAAACAAUUAAAAUAUAAUCAGUAAAUCCCCUUUGACUUCCCUUCUCCCCUUUUAUGGAUCCUUAUGCCAACAGUUUUCUCCUGCAUCUCUUCUAUUACUCCAAUUUUAUCAAAUCUUUAAACAGACCAUAAUUCAACUUUCAACUACAAGUAUUUAUUCUUCCUGGUUCCUAAUUCUUCCGGUCAGUUUUGCCAUUUCAGCAUAGUCCAUCAGUUUUAUCUGCCGUUCUUCCUUGGCAGCGGCUGUAUUUUCUUUCCCACCUCUGAGCUAACAAAGUCCAGGCAGCUGUAGUCACAUACAUAAAUAGUCUCUUCUUGUCAUUUGGAAUCUCUGCACCUAAGACUCCUAAAAGAAAAGCUUCUGGUUUCUUAGAAAAGGUUAUCUUUAACAGGAAUGUUCCUGUUAAAGGCUACUGAAAGGCUAACUUACUUUAAAUUCUACAUGCUUCCCAGGCUGACUCAUGGUUAGAGACAGAAAAGCAAGCUGCUAAAUAAAGAUUAAAGGUCUCCUGUCCCUCUCUUCAGGAUGUAUUUAUUAGAGAUGAGUGUCUGAGCAACCUAAAGCAGGAUAACAAAGUUAGGGAGCAAUGGAAAGAUAAAGCAUGUUGCUUUGUAGUUUCUUGGCAACAAAAGGGAUGUCAUUGAAGUCACCCUGUUCAUGAAGGCUGAUUUUUAAUUUACUUUUUUGAAAGAUAAUAGCUUUUGGUUUUAAAAUGAAAACUUGAGAAAUGGUAGCUAUGUUGCCACUACAUCACCCAAGUGAUGGGCCCAGGUCAGAGGCAUGGGCGGCCUUUGAGCUGGGUUCUGGAAUUGUGCCUGUGAUACUGUUUGACUGACAUCUUGUGUGAGCAGAGCCAAUUCAUUUGACUUGCUCACACACUGUCAUUUGUAUUGUGUUGGGAACCAGCGCUGCUUAGGUCUGGAUCCCCACCACACAAAAUGCAUUACUGUCGGCUGUAAAUUGGCGGCACCCCAAACAGGUCUCAGAUACCAUUUUAUAGUUGCAGAGGAGUGGAACUGGCCUAGAGCCAUUUUACUCUCAGAGAUAUUCCUGCAUAUAAAAUGUCAAAAGGCUAAUCCCUCUUCCCUGUAUCUUCUCAUGCCACUGUUCUGCUUCAGCUGGAAUGGGACUGCCCCUUUGACUUAGCAGAUUUGACCUUACUCUGUUUCCUGAGAGCCUAUUAAGCUAAGUAAUACCAUAUUAACUGUCUCCUCUUAGAGCGUUGAUGAUGCCCUGUGUAAAAAGCUUUCCGCGUUAAGGGCUGUGUGCUAAUUUCUUGGUUGUUGAAAGCCAGAUAAAUUGUGGUCCAAAACACUUAAUGGGAAACCACCAAGAAAUUAUCCCUGAUCCCUAGAAUGAAAGCACACAUUAUUGGAAUUAAAUGUUUGUGAAGCAUUAAGCAAUGACAAUAUCAGAGGAAGGAGCAUAAUUUGUGCCAGCAUUGGGGAACCUGUGACUCUCCAGGUAUUGCUGGACCACAGCUGUCAUCAGCCCUAGCCAGGAUAGCCAGUGAUCAGGGAUGAUGGGAGAUGAAGUCCCGCUACAUCUGGAGGGCCACAGGCUCCCCAUCCCUGGCCUAUAUUAAUGCUCCUUUCUCUGAAUAGCCAACUCUACAGCAAAGGAGACAAAUUAGAGAGUGUCUGCCCAGUUGGCACCCAAAGGAAUAUAUAUGGCAUUCAGAUUUGAGCAAGGAUAUUCCUCAGCUGUGUGAUAGGUGAAAUGCUUCUCAGAUAAUAAGACAACAAAUUUGAAAUGGUAAAAACACACACAAGUAUUUAAGGUUCCCAGGGUGUCUGAAUAGUCAUUUGCACCCAAAUUGCCCAUGAGAACACUGUUACACUGCCAUGCUGUCUAUUUCCAUGGGCUAUCUCUUAUCCACUGGGAAUUUCCCCACUGUGGCAGUUAGUCAGGAACCUCAUCUCAUUAUCCCCCCCACCCACGCACCCCCAAGAAGUUUGGGGUCUGUUAGGCUUGAGAACAAUUAGGCACUACAAGUACAGUUUGGAAAGGCUGAUGUAAUCACUUCUUUUUUGCACACACAGUCUUGGUAGAUCAGGCAUGGGGGGGGGGCUCAGGGCCAGGGGCCACUCCUUUUGGCCCUGGGCUGGCACACUUCCUGUGACACACACACCUCCCCAUGGUAAUGUCUCUUGCUUGCCUGGAUAAGUAAGAGACAUAUCUCUCGAUUUCUGUUCUCCAGCUUUCUAUUUUAUUUUUUAAUCUUAAAUUCACUUCUCAACAUUUCCACAAUUUGUGGUUAUUAUUUUUGUGAUACCCAUGAAAAUCCAUCAGCCUUUUAGCGCACAUUUUACUAAUAAACACAUUUUUAUAUACAUUUUUGCCAAACAGCAUUUUUGCAAGCAGUUUUCCCUAAUGUGCAUUUUUGUAAGAUAGUUUCACAAGCAGAGACAUCACCUUGUCGACAAAGGUCCGUAUAGUUCAAGCUAUGGUUUUCCCAGUAGUGAUGUAUGGAAGUGAGAGCUGGACCAUAAAGAAGGCUGAUCACCAAAGAACUGAUGCUU